AUGAUGAUCGGGAUGAGGCCUAUUCAACGGGAUAUCGCAAUACUCCUUGACGGCUUGAAGAGCAAUAGAGACGAUGGCAAUCAUAAGCGGGGCCCACAUGGGGUACCUGAACGACAGCGCCAGCGCCGCAUCAACCAGUACGACCAACGAGCAAUCAUGAAACCCGAAAUUGAUGAAAUUCCCCAACAAAUUGAACGUGGCCAUAACGCCUUGGACCAAGGAGAACCACAACGCGUCCCCGCGGGCCAAAUAACUGAUUCCCAAUCCCAUGAGGACGAGGGACACGUCGGCCAGCUUCUUGCUGCAACGGCCCAGCUUCCUCGCGUGGCAGCCGUAAUCACGGAACACAGCUUCAUAAGUUAUAGAGCACAUGAGAUUAAUUCGAAAGGCAAGUCGUUAUGCUUGGGACACAUCUGGAGCUUCACAAAGCCAACAGUGAAAGUCGACACGGACGCCAAGUACCAAAGGACUUCCUUUCCAAUCCCCAGAUGCGCAUAUCUAUGUUCGUCUUCCAUUGAGAAGAUCGCUCUACGUAAUUUGAUGACCAAUAUCACUAAAAAUUGCUUGUGA